AUGUGUUGCCUGCAAACAGUGCAGAGACCUCCUUGGCCCCAGAGCUGUCCUUCCACGAUGUGGCUCUAUACUCUGGUGUUGACCUUUUUAUCUGCUUGCACAGCUUGGGGACACCCGUCCUCGCCACCCGUGGUGGACACCGUGCAUGGCAAAGUCCUGGGGAAGUACGUCAGCCUGGAGGGAUCUGCCCAGCCUGUGGCCGUUUUCCUGGGGGUCCCUUUUGCCAAGCCCCCUCUGGGAUCCCUGAGGUUUGCUCCGCCACAGCCUGCAGAGCCCUGGAGCUCCGUGAAGAACACCACCUCCUACCCUCCUAUGUGCUCCCAAGAUGCAGUAGCAGGGCAGAGGGUCUCAGAUCUCCUUACCAACAGAAAAGAGAAAAUUCCCCUCAAGUUCUCUGAGGACUGCCUUUACCUAAAUAUUUACACUCCCGCAGACCUGACAAAGAGAAGCAGCCUGCCGGUGAUGGUGUGGAUCCACGGAGGUGGACUGGUGGUGGGCGGGGCAUCCACCUAUGAUGGACUGGUCCUCUCUGCCCUCGAAAAUGUGGUGGUGGUGACCAUCCAGUACCGCCUGGGCAUCUGGGGGUUCUUCAGCACUGGGGAUGAGCACUGCCCGGGGAACUGGGGCCACCUGGACCAGGUGGCUGCUCUGCGCUGGGUCCAGGACAACAUCGCCAACUUUGGAGGGAACCCGGGCUCUGUGACCAUCUUUGGAGAGUCCGCAGGAGGAGAAAGCAUCUCUGUUCUUGUAUUAUCUCCCCUGGCCAAGAACCUCUUCCACAGGGCCAUUUCUGAGAGUGGCGUGGCCCUCACUCCUGGUCUGGUCGGGAAGGACAUCAAGCCCGUGGCUGAGAAAAUUGCUAUGACAGCUGGGUGUAAAACCACCACGUCAGCAGUCAUGGUUCACUGCCUGCGCCAGAAGACGGAGGAAGAGCUCUUGGAGACCACCCUGAAAAUGAAAUUUGUUACUCUUGAUUUGCUUGGAGACACCAGACAGAGCACGCCCUUCGUGCCCACUGUGAUUGAUGGAGUUGUGCUGCCCAGGGCACCAGAAGAGAUUCUGGCUGAGAAGACUUUCAACACUGUCCCCUACAUUGUGGGAAUCAACAAGCAAGAGUUCGGCUGGGUUUUGCCCAUGAUGCUUGGAUUUCCCAUCUCUGAAGGCAAGCUGGACCGGAAGACGGCCACCUCCCUCAUGCAGAAGAUCUGCCCUUUUCUAGAAAUUCCUGAGGAACUGACUCAAGUGAUCACUGAGAAGUACUUUCGAGGGACAGACGACCCUGUCCAAAUCAAAGACCUGUUCCUGGAGUUGAUAGCAGAUGUGAUAUUUUGUAUCCCAUCUGUGACUGUGGCCCGUGGCCACAGAGAUGCUGGAGCCCCCACCUACAUGUAUGAGUUUGAGUAUCGUCCGAGCUUUAUAUCAGACAUAAAACCCAAGACUGUGAUAGGAGACCAUGGAGAUGAAGUCUACUCCGUCUUUGGGGCCCCAAUUUUAAAAGAGGGAGCCUCAGAAGAGGAGACCAACCUCAGCAAGAUGGUGAUGAAAUUCUGGGCCAACUUUGCUCGCAAUGGGAACCCAAAUGGGGAGGGGCUGCCCCAUUGGCCACAAUAUGACCAGAGGGAAGGGUACCUGCAGAUUGGUGUCACCACCCAAGCAGCCCAGGGGCUGAAAGAUAAGGAAAUGGCUUACUGGACUGAGCUCAGGGUCCAGAAGCCUCCUCAGAGAGGACACAUGGAACUGUGAAUGGAGGCUGAGCCAGCCUUGGAAGACCAGAGGAGCACAACAGGGGUAUUCUGCAGGAGGCGUGUGUAGACCUAAGAGACAUCUUAUUGUGCAUGCUAGAGGAUUGUGUGGUGUGGGCGAGGAGAGUCUGGGAGGGGAAAUUUUUGUACUUGCGGCCUUGAUUUGGAGAAUAAAUGUUCAUUUG